AAGAACCCUUCUUCCCCACACGCUCCGCUGCCGCCUCAUCCCGCCGCGGCCGCCACACCUCGCCGGUUCCGCUUAUCCUCAUCUCUUUUCCUCCCUCGAACGCUUUCGACUCGUUGGCCACCGCUCCUCGGUUAAGGUUGAGCUUCAGAGUUUUAUAAAACUACGAGAUAUGGACAUCGACUCAAAAGCACCUGAAAAUGCUGCAUCAGUUGAUACACAGAUGUGGAAAGACUACAUUUCUUCACCGGCUAGUCAGCCACACUAUGGCAUCAAAUAUUCGAGGCUAUGUUAUGAAUCUUGAUCCUGCCAUCCUGACACUUCCUUAUGGUGCGAACAUUGACAUCAGAGAUACUGUUCGAUACAAGGAUGUCAUGAAGCAGUUCAAUCUUGGGCCAAAUGGAGGAAUUUUGACUUCACUUAAUCUGUUUGCUACAAAGUUUGACUAGGUCAUAUCAAUGAUAGAGAGACGAGCAGAUGUGCUUGACUAUGUGCUUGUGGACACUCCUAGCCAAAUCGAGAUUUUCACUUGGUCUGCAUCUGGAGCAAUUAUAACAGAAGCUUUUGCAUCAACAUUUCCCACCGUUAUAGCUUAUGUUGUUGAUACGCCACGUUCAGCUAGCCCAGCUACCUUCAUGAGUAAUAUGCUCUAUGCAUGUAGCAUCCUCUACAAGACACAGUUGCCACUGGUUUUGGUGUUCAACAAGACAGAUGUGGCACAGCAUGAGUUCGCAUUGGAGUGGAUGAAAGAUUUUGAGGUAUUUCACGCGGCACUAGAUUCCGAUCAUUCUUAUACAUCGACCCUGACCCGUAGUCUCUCCCUAUCACUGGAGGAGUUCUAUAGUCAUCUGAGAUCAGUUGGAGUGUCUGCAAUCACUGGUUCAGGGAUGGAUGCCUUCUUUAAGACUAUUGAAGCCAGUGCAGAAGAGUACAUGGAAACUUACAAACGAGCAGAGAAGGAGCGAUUAGAAGAAGAACGCAAAAAAGAGAACAUGGAGAAGCUCCGGAAAGAUAUGGAGAAGUCCAGGGGGGAAACUGUGAUAUUGAGCACGGGGUUGAAGGACAGACUUGUGGAAGAUGAAGAGGAUGAAGAGAUAGAGGACGAGGACAUGAUCAGUGAAGAAGAUUACGAAGAUGAUGAUGACGAGGAUGAGGAUCUAGCCAGCGAGAGGAUGAAGGGGUAGCCAGUUUUUUUCGGAUUGAGGCACGAGUCCACAAAAAAUCUACUUAGUAAACUUUGGUGUACAUGAAGUUGGAGUCGUUUAUUUCCUCUGGUGUGGUGAAAUUGACUAAAGUGGUCUCAUUUGUAUAAAAAGAUAGUACUAGCUGUGGAAGUUAUGCUUUAAA